UUAGAGCUACAAUCAAUCGAUUAAUUGAUUAUUGCAGUAGUUGUAGUUGUAUUUUCAGAGAAGGCAGCUUGUUGAGGCUGUAUUGCUGAUCAUAGACACGCAGAAAUUGGUAGGAACAGGUAGAAUCUGGAGAAUAAAGUUGGUGCGAUAAAGAAACCUGCGGAGGUGUUGGUUAGUGUUUUAUUCUGAAAGGCCGCACCGGAAGUGUGGUGCGGUGUAUUCUGGGUAGCUUGGAGCUGGCUCGUUUCCUGCUUCCUCUCGGUCCCGUUUCAGUGGAACCCAGUCCGGAACCCGCGGCCCCGGUGAACCCAGUGAGCCCAGCAGAGUACCGCAGAGCGCGAGGAGCCCGCAGGCUCCGUUACAGCACCGGGACAGACGGCGGGAAAAUGGCGAAGACGUACGACUAUCUGUUCAAACUGCUGCUGAUCGGGGACAGCGGCGUCGGUAAGACCUGCCUGCUGUUCCGGUUCAGCGAGGACGCCUUCAACACCACCUUCAUCUCCACCAUCGGAAUCGACUUUAAAAUCAGGACGAUCGAGCUGGACGGCAAGAAGAUCAAACUUCAGAUCUGGGACACGGCAGGUCAGGAGCGCUUUAGGACCAUCACCACGGCCUAUUACAGAGGAGCCAUGGGCAUCAUGCUGGUCUAUGACAUCACCAACGAGAAGUCCUUCGAUAACAUCAGGAACUGGAUACGCAACAUCGAGGAGCACGCGUCUUCAGACGUGGAGAGAAUGAUUCUGGGAAACAAGUGUGACAUGAACGACAAGAGACAAGUGUCCAAGGAGCGAGGAGAGCAGCUGGCCAUCGAUUGUGGGAUCAAGUUUCUGGAAACCAGCGCGAAGUCCAGCAUCAACGUGGAGGAGGCCUUCAUGACGCUCGGCAGAGACAUCAUGACCAGACUCAACAGGAAGAUGAACGACAGUAACCCUCCUGGAGGAGGCGGGCCCGUUAAGAUCACAGAGUCUCGCUCCAAGAAGAGCUUCUUCAGGUGCUCGCUGCUGUAGGCGGAGCCUCUUCUUCUCCUCCGGCUGCUGCAGCGCCCCCUGCUGGAGGACCUGACCUGCGGACACAUGAAGAAGAAACAUACUGAACCUCAGCUCGAGCUUUACUUCCUGCACGCCGCCUCCUUCUUCUUCUUCUGUUCCUAACUCAGCAGGGGAGGAGCCAAUGUUUUUAAAGAGGGAAGAUGAAGAGAGCGAGCUGCUUCUUCCAAAGACUGUUUGAUAAUCAGCUGUUACAUCAUCGACACCUUUGACCACGAGUGUUUGUGCUAACACGUGUUUUAUUAACGCUUCUUCAGAUAAAAUCUAUUGAUCGCCUUUAAAAACAUUCGUCUCUCUGCUAAAAACUUGACUAUCAGCUGUUUGAAAUGAUCAAUAAUCAAUAACUGAUGUGCUCCACGAGAAACAAAGAUUUAUUUAAAUAUAUCGGCGUGUUGCCAUCAGAUAUGCAGGCUCCUCCUACCGCCACGUUUUCUUUAGUCAUUCUUCUUCUGUGGUUAGAAAGACUUCCUGUCAGCUGUUCUCUAGAGAACCCGACCGCUCGCCGUGAAACAUCGGUAAACUGUUUCAGGCCGCUGCUCCGCGACGCCAGUUUGUGAUUGGUCGGUUUGGAAAGAGUGAGCUGACAGGACGAGUCAGAGCUCAUCAGAAGGUUUGAACGGGUCACUGACCUUUCAGACGAGGCGACGUCAUCGCCUCCUGCGAGGAGGAAACAAACUCUUCUUGAUGCUUUUCUACUUUUUUUUAUUGAUCCGAGUUGUUUUUCGACUUUUUGCUUGAUUCUUUAUUUUUGUAUGAACCUGAAAUAUUCCUUCUGAUCAGCUGUGAUCAAUACAUUUACAAACUGAUCGCACAAUCAUUCCAUUUCCCUUUUUAUAUCUUCACAUGCUGAAUUAAUAAAAUGUCAAAAUGAUCGAAUCCAGCUGAAUUAUUGAUCGACAUUUCUUUUUCUGUAUAUUGUGUUAAUCAAUUUAAUUCUGAAAUAUUUAAUUAAUCCAUUUCUAAGAGCUUUUUGAUGCAUAGCUUAAAAAAAAGUUAAGCAUUAUCAAUAAACAGGCGGCCAAUAUGGAUUAAUAAACAGAACCGAUCUCACUGAUCAGCUUUAGCGUCCAGACUUUUUACAGUUUGCAGGUAAUGAAGGAAGGUCUGUUCUGUACGAGCGUCUGAUUGGCUCAAAGAAGAAAACGUGUUUAACGCUGUCUUGUGUUUACAUACUCGUUGCAGUAUUAUUGAUUACUAUUAUUAUUAAUCUCACUCCAGCUGCAGAAGUAACAUUUGACAAAUUACUGAUCUGCAAGUUUAUUUGUGUAUUUUUAACUUCAGUUUUUUUUAUUUUGUUUCUGACAUUUUUAAUCUUUUGUUCUGAUUGAUCGAACGAUCGAUUAAUCAGAACUCGCCGAGGCUGUUUGUGUUCAUCAGGAACAUGCAAGACUUCAAUAAUUUAACUGAAGAAUGGAGACUAACAGAUCACAUCACUUCCUGUUAACUGAACAUGAAGUCAAAUACAACUGAAAGACACAAACAGCUGAUCAGUAACAGAUAAUUUUGUUUGAAAAUGUGUUUAUUUGCUGUUUUUUUUUUUUUUUUAAAUGGAGUCUGGUUUGUGAUUCUGUUUGAACUCUUUGCUAACAGCGCUUUGCAAAACUACUCAUCACUUUUUGUUCUGAGCUCUUUGAUCGGACAGACCGGAGCUGCAGAAAGAUAUUAAAAAGGAAGUUUUUAAAAAA